AUGUUGUCCAACGACCUUCUUUCCUACUCCAUCAUGAGAAAUGGUGACCGGGCAGUCACUCAUCUGUGUUCCCACUACGCCCCUGCAGUUCAAUACCACGAUGCUGCCAGAGUGGCUCUUCCGCCCAUUGCAUCUGUCAACGGCCUUACUGAAGACAAUCUUGUUUCUCACAAUAACUUCACCACACACCGCAGCCUUCUGGGUCUCCAGAGCUACCAGUACUCUCAGAAUGUCGCCACUUACCGUUCUGCGCUGGAACUGUCCCAGGGCGGUUCUCCCAGACUCGAGUCCUCGUCUCCGGUUUCUGGAUCUUCUUCUCCACAGCUUGCCAGUUCUGAUUUGAGCGAAAAGAAGAGAAGACAGAGACUCGGGCCUAGUUGCGACUCGUGCAGAGCUCGUAAGGUCAAGUGCAACGCUGAGGUUGUGCUUCUCAGCAGAAACGUUGACGAAGAAGAAGCCGAGGAAAUGGCGGGUCUUGACGAGACGUCCAGAUCCAAGCUUCUCAGCGGUGACGCUAUCCCACAUGGCGAGAGCUUCUCGUUGGUUGUUUCCAACGGCAAACUCGUCAAAUUCAGACCUUGUUCCUCGUGUGCCACCAGAGAGCUCGAAUGCUGCUUCUCCAAGGGUUUCACCAAAGAGGACAUUGUGCACAGCAAAAGAAGCAGCCUGCUCAGCGCCGUGGGCUCCGUUUCGGUGCUUUCUUCGCCCAAGGCUCCUUCCAAAAUCAAGAAGCGCCUGGAGGUGGCUGCUUCUGCCAGAAAAAGCUCGUGUGCUGCUUGUCGUAAGAGAAAAGUGAAGUGUGUGAUGAACGUGAAGUUGAACAAGUGUGUGGGAUGCGUGAAGAAGGACUCCGAAUGUUCUUUUGCUUAA